AGUAUACGUCAUCCCAUUCGAAUUCACACACCGAACGCGCACGACUGGAGCUUCAACUCGGGGUGUAAUGGUUGAGUAACAACACGGUACCGGAACUCGUAUGAAAGGCAUACAAGCAUCCGAGGGAACCCCGAGCUCUGCUCGUCGAAAAUUCCGCAAGGGUGAUCGAACUCGGAGGACGUGGACUGUUCGGGAAGAGGAAAUCUUGGUUGUAUCAAUGCUCGAACUCCUUGCUAGGGGAUGGAAAUCCAACAAUGGAUUUAGCUCAGGGUAUUUAGGAAGGAUUGAAGAUAACCUGCGUGUGGAAUUCCCAAAUACCGACCUCAAAGGCACGCCCCAUAUCACAUCCAAGAUAACAGCAUGGAACAAGAACUAUAUCAGUUUGACAAAGAUACUAGCGAGGAGUGGCAUAGGGUUCAAUUCGGAUGGAAAGUACAUGAUAGAAUGCGAUGAUGACCAAUGGGAGGCGAUCGUCCAGGCUGAUAAGGACGUCAAAGGAAUGCGGACAAAGCCAUGGCCAUUAUGGGAAACGUGGAAGGCCAUCUUCGGCAAGGAUCGUGCGAUCGGUGGAGGUGCUGAACAGGUUGAUGCUGCGGCUGAGCGGGUGCGUGCUAACCUCCAAGGUAGCAGUGAAGUCAAUGAAAAAGACUACCACCCAUUUUUUGAGGAUGAAGAGAUCAACAAUGUGCUUCCAAUGUCACAGCAAAUAAUGAAUGAAUCAAACAACUUGGGCAACAAUGACAAACAAACUUCCACCAACAAGUCCGGCUCUAGCAAGAAACGCAAACACGAGGAUCCUGAUGCAGCCCUUAUGGAGUUCCUCGCAAAUCUGCACUCUGAGACUAAUUCUCGUUUGGAGGUAAUUUCGGCUAGAAUCGGCUAUGAAUUUGACCUUGGAAAGACAAGACAAGAUGUUUUUGAUAAGCUUUGCACGGUGGAAGGCCUCACGCUUGCGCAACGUUAUCAACUAUGCAACAUCCUAGGCGAUAAAUCUCAGCGCCUGGAGGUAUUCAUGGGAAUGCCGGUGGGUGCACGUCUCGGAUACUUGUUGAUGCUAAUCAAAGAGAAACACAAUAGCUCUUGAAUGAUGGGGUUUAUGAUCUAUGUCAUGGCUAAUGUCCUUGUUGUUUUUUAUUGGCCUUCUAUGUGUAUACUUCGUAGUAAUGUCAUGCAUAUUUUGUAAGUAAGCAGCGUGCUUGUACUAGCAAGUGAAACUCAGAAGCCUGAAGUGUGACACACAUAUUUUGUAAGUAGCUAGGGAAUUAGCCUUUGAACUGCAACUCUAUGUAAUUAUUUUGGGACUUUUGGUCAAUCAU